UACUCAGUUCCUAGGUUGGCAUCAUGGCUGUCCUGGCUUCCUGGGUCUGGGUACUGGUUGGCUGCCUUUCUGCUGCUGUAGCAGAGGACCCUAAUCUCUCAUCUCUAUAUCCUCCUUUCUGGGAAGACUCCACUGGACAGUUAAGUGGUUUUACUUUGGAGGAUGGAAAGUACAUAAUAAACCCAUGGAAAUUCACUGAUAGAUUAGAAUUGUAUAAAAUCUUACUGAAUAAGACAGCCCCAUAUUUUGCAAAAUAUGGUCCAGAAAAUGAGCAAAAUCUUUUAUGGGGAUUGCCUCUGCAGUUUGGAUGGCAGUAUAAAACAGAUAGAUUAGUUGAUCCCACUGGAAGGACAACCUGUGGCUACGAAAAUUUUGACGAGCUGUGUGUGUCUGUGAACAGUUGGUGGGCUGAUGUAAAUUAUUUUUUGAGUGUGUUACCUUUCCUUGCUGCUGUUGAUUCGGGCAUAUUGGGGAUAUCAUCAGAUGAAUUCACCAUUUUACCGCCACCCCUGGAUGAGUCAAGGUUUUGUUAUAACGUUUCCGACUGCAAAGAGUUAGUCCGUGAAACAAUGGACAGCUGGUCUACAUUUUUUAAGUACAUGCAGUUGCCUUCUAGUGACUUUGAUGGCCUUUUGCAGCACUUAUGGGCUGCUCAUUCCUCAUCCUUGGAGUAUCCUAUCGGUGUCUUUGAUGACAGAUAUGCCUAUUAUUCUAAACAAGAAGUAAAGUUUGAGAAAAACUGGGUUAUUGCUGUACACUACAUAGCUGCGGUCUACUUUCCUACAACCCUGAAAAGAACAAGUAACUUUCAGAAGGCUCUGCCUCCACGUGUUCUUUCUGACAGUGACAUAGCCCCUUUUAUUGCUGACUUCACUUCUCUUCAGAAUACAGUCCUACUGUCACUCACGGAACUUGGUGAUAUUGAUAGACUUACAGGAUCAUUAUCUCUUAAUGUUUGGAAAACUCUCAUGAGUUCAAAAUUUGUAAGGGAACAAUUUCUAAAAAUCUCUGAAGCAAUUCUGGAAGCACCUACUUCAACAUCAUUUUUUCAAUGAACAGUUGCCUUUGAGCCACAAACAAUUAAAAAUAAUGUCUUUGAUCACAAUCAUGUAGGCUUAUGAUUUGGGUUUUUUUGCUUGGUGUUCAUUUUUCAGGAUUUUCCCUUGUGCAUUCUUAGUAUCAAUUUUUCAUAAUAGUUCUUAAAUUUUAAAUUCUGUAAUACAACCAAAUCACAAAGGAUCAUUAAACUGACAUUAAGCACA